CCAAAGCUCAGCAGGGAUGCACAGUCUGGUGGGUGACUGCUCCCGCCAGCUGCACGCAUCUUUUCUGACGCGGACCUCCACGCCGGUCGGACUGCGGCGCCGGGUCCCGCGCACUUGGCUUCGCAUGUUGGACUCGCCGGGUUCGACCGGCGCCUCUCACUUGAGCCGCUUACGUUUAAUUCUCUCACGAUGUGUCUGAAAGAUGCGGCAGCUGUUUGUAGAUGUUGCAGAAAACGGGUAGAGGACUGCUUGCCUUGCUGUUGGUGGUGUUGGAGUUGACCCGGCCAAGCCGACCGUCCCCACUGAGACCCAUCUGUGACGGGAGGGUCCUGAACCCUUUCAUUACGGAGGCGCAGGACGCACAUGCUGCUAUGAAGUCAUGUAGAGAAGGAUGUGGCCUGUCCAACGAUGUCACGGUUCCCCAAACCAAAGUCAACUUCGAUGACUGGGAGAAGAAAAGUGCACUGGAGCAAAUCGAGGAGGUGCAGUCCGGCCUGUGGCUUCUACAACAGGCCUUCAGCUUCCUAAGAACCUCUGUCACCAACACGGCGCUGCACGGCCACAUAGAUAACUCCCUUAGCAACCUGCUCAGCAUCAAAAAUCUGCUGCGCCGUCACAACAUCCAGGAAUAUACCACACCAGCAAGUACAGCCGAGCUCAAGGAUACAUGGAGGGUGUCCUCGGCAGCAGAUGUGCUUCAAAACUAUAUCAUUUUCUUGCGGGGCAAAGUGCAACUCCUCCUUUCGGGCACACAGGCUUGUUGGCCGGAUGUCAGCUGAUCGGCUGCCCUCCCUACUCCGGGCGAAGCCAAUUUGUGUUUCCAAAGGCAAAAGAGGAGGGACUUGACACUGUUGACCUGCACCCUUUGCUGGUGGACCCGGCCGUCCUCACGUGAGCGCGAGAGGGGAAAGGACAGUCCGAUCCAGGCUGCGGAUGAACGGGGAGACGAUAGCACCUUGGAAUGUAGAUGUGACACAUGAACACGGUGAAGAACAAAAUGACCAAAAAGAAAAAAGAGGCCUUUGGGAAGCACUGCUCCAAAAGCUGUUCUACUGGCACUCUCUUGCACUUAUGUGUGUGUGGAUGUACUUCUGUCUAAGUCAAGACUGCGAGUUUGAAUUGGUUUGUUUCCAGUGAGAUUGACCCCUCACACUCUUCUCAUCAGAGUGAAACCCCCAGCAAAUAUAAUUGUCAGACCGUGAGGUCACGACAGAGCAUCCAUACCCAAUACCACUGCAAAAAGUCCAAAAUAUUCGUCUUCUCAGAUUCUUUUUUGUUCACAGAAUAUUUUAAUAUAUUUUUUAACGGUUGUGUAAUAACUAUUUAUACAGAUUUUCUACUUUUAAAGCUCAAGUCGUAGUUUUGGUGUCGGGCUCUCCUUGCCUUGCUCACUUGUGUGACACUGAACAGAUUCGCAAAGGGCUUUGACACCGUUUGCACUGGCACGCUGCUGUCUUCCUUCUUCUAGACGGGGUGUACCCCACUUGCUGUUACAGUUUCUUCCUUCAAAAGUAACAGCCAAAGACUAAAACGUCACAUGAGAGCUGCGAAGCCGUUUCCCAAUCAACACACUGAUGGCGAGACUGUCUGAGUCUGGAAAAAAAAAAAAAGGUUCCAGCUCUUACAUUUAACAUCCUGGAAAAAAAGUGUCCAGCUCUUACGUUUAACAUCCUGUGAGGCUCUAAUUGCAAAUAGUUUCCCAGAACGUGACGCUAAAGCCUCCGUUGUUCGUCAUCAAACGGCAGACAGGCAAUCAGUUAGUCCUGGGAACUUGGGGUUUUCUAUAAAAUGGAAGCUCAACUAUUUCAGACUAGUUAAGUGGUCUUCCUUGUUUUCUUCCGUAUUUUUAUAUCUUGUUGUGCAAGUGCAAGAUGUUUUUAAGGAUGUUUGUACAUGUUUUCUUUCCUGUUAUUUUUUACCCCGCUGUUUUGUCCCAUAACUGUAUAAUUUGCUAUUUAAAUACAAAAAUAUUAUUCUUGGAUAAAGAGAGGAUAGACGGAAAAACAACAA